AACCAGUCUACUGCGAACCUCGAUUAACGCAACGACCAACACCAACUAAUGUUAGUUCGGAGCUAAAACGGUAAAAGUUUCAACAUUCGCCAAUAAAUCUAAGCAAGUGGCUUUGUUAGUCAACACCGAAAUACUCCAACACACACAACUAAAAACAACAACAAAUUCUACAAAAUGGCUCAAAUGGUGCAAAUGACCACUGAACAAUUGCAACAACUCAUCGAAGCUGUUCGCAUUUCGGCUGCCAAUAGCGCUGCCCAAGCUGCUGAAACUGUCCAAACAAAAUCCAAGGGAAGUUUCAGUAACUGUCCCUCCCGUUUCGGUGGCCAACGUGAUCAUGAAGCCGUUGAAGAAUUCAUAACCUCAAUUGUAACGUACAAGGAAAUCGAAUGUAUCAGUGACGAGGACGCCUUGAAGGGCAUUUCUUUGCUCUUCUAUGGCCUGGCAUCGACUUGGUGGCAGGGUGUUCGCAAGGAGGCUAAAUCAUGGAAUGAUGUUUUGGCCUUGAUCCGUGACCAUUUCUCGCCCACCAAACCGGCCUAUCAAAUCUACAUGGAAAUCUUCGAAAAGAAACAAGAAGACUCCGUUGCCAUUGAUACUUUCGUGUGCCAGAAGAGGGCCCUGUUGGCUCAAUUGCCUGAUGGUAGACAUGACGAGGAGACUGAAAUCGAUUUGGUAUAUGGUCUCUUGAAUAUCAAAUACCGCAAGCAUAUUGCUCGCCAUGACAUCAAAACGUUCCGUGAGCUUUUGGAGAAGGGUCGCAUCAUUGAACAUAAUAUGAUGGAAGAUGAAGCUGAACAAACGGGACCAGUACGUGGCUCCAAGGGCACAAAACGUUGUACGUAUUGCAAUUUCCGUGGCCAUACCACGGAACAGUGUCGUAAACGCAAAUCGGCUGAAGACAACUAAAACAACAACAAACACAACAGCAGUGAUGUCAUACACCAGAAUGGAAAAACUCUAAAAUAUUUUAAAAGUAACUAAUCUAUAAUUAAUUUCCAAGAGAGUUGGUAGUGGCAUCACAUUUUAUAAAGAGUGGUUAUAAUUCGUUGUACCUCUCCCACACGAGUUAUGGCUGCCUCUUCAUUUCACCCAAACACAUUAAUAGGUUUCUCUUGGUUUAUAUAUUUAAAAUUCCCUUAACAUAUCUCAUUGGUUUUAUUGGCCAUUGAGGGCUCUCAAUUAUAUAGAAUUGAGAGCACUCUUUGAACUCUUAAAUCAAACUGAUUUGUUAGGGCCGAUUUUAGGUAUCUAAAUCGCGAGUUCACUUACAUCAUUACUAGGUUAAGGCUAAUUUUAAGUUGCCUUCCUACAACACGCUGUGUUUCUACAAACCGGCUUUACAGGCUAUGAACGCCUGGACCCCAUCAAACAGUUAUAUAGAUUUUUAAUCUAUUAUUGCACAACAUUCAAUGAAUUAUUAUUCAUUUAUGAAACGCAUUGCCGGGUAUUUUAUGGGCUUUAGAUUAAUAAGUAUUUGUUUUUGAACUUUAUUAAAGCUAUUUCAAGCUGCCGAUUGUGAAGGCUUAACAGUUAAGGAAGAAAUUCCUUAUCUGUUGGUCUUUACAAAGGCGAGGCUUGAGAAUAGUUUGGAUAUAGUUGCGAAAAUGAAGUUAUUAACCAUAAAGUCUAUUAAACUACCCACCCGUUGUAUUCAGGGGCUUACGAGAGUUGGACUGGAGUUUUAAAUAGUAACAUUUGAAAAUUAUCUAACAUUUCGAAUAGAAGAAAUCAAGAUUUCAAAUUUUAUCCUUAUUUUAGGGGGUAGAAAUUUGGAAUUGAAGAAUUUUUUCCUUUGUAAUGUAUGACAAUUUUCAAAUGUCGAAAUUUAUUUCUCCACCACAACUCAACUAUCUUCUGAAUGCAACAAAAAACCCCCCGUUGCUUUAAAACAUUUUGAAAAUAUUCUGGUAUUUUUGCCUCAAAUAAAUGAAGUUUUCUCUCUUAUUAGGCGGUCUAUUCUUGAAAUUUUUAACCUAACAAAUUCCUCUCUCACGGGAGGGAUUUGUUAGGUUGACUAUGGAUGGAAUUGCAUCAACUUUUUAAAGAAUUACCUAAGGACUUUGUGGUGAAAAGUGGAUGAAAUUUUUCUUAAUGAUUUGAAGUGGCAAAAACCUUUUUUUCGCAUUGGCGAAAAAAAAAAACUUUUUACAAACGAACAACAAUUAACGUUAAACAUUGUACAACAAUGGCUAUGCUGUCGCCAUUCGUACAAUUGGCACGUCAACCCAAAUUGUAUUAAGUCUUUAGUAAAGAUCUUACAAUUUGUUGAAAAGACACGCCAACCACACAAAUUUUUCUUCGGAUUAAGUGCAUCGCAACAUCGGGCUAGCAACUAACCUCCAAUUUAGCAACUGGCUACCUUAAUCCAUAUCACCAAUAUACAACAACUGGGGUUAUUUUUUUUAUAAAUUAAGGCAUUUCAGGAUAAAGUAACAGCAUAAAUAAAUUAUUCAAAAAAAAAAAAAAAAACCUCGCAAAUGAUGAGCCAAUCGGAGGUUAUUAAUGGCUCCUAUCAACAUCAUUUGCGGGGUUUAAAUAUUAUCCAACAUUAUAUUUAAUCUGUAUACUUUUGUAAUUGCAUUGAUUUAUAUUUUUUAAACUCUGGUUUAUUUUUUUAGUUUAAAGCAUUGUUUUUAUAUUCUACUAUUUUAUGGUUAUGGAAAGACUGUUGUAUUUAGAUGUUAAGCACACUUUUAAAAGAAAAAAAAGCAAUUUAAAUACAAAAAAAAACAAAA